UCCAAACUUAAAAGUGCCGCCCCCUCGUGUCUGUGCGGACGCGUGUUGUCUGUGCGCGCAGCUGGACGCGGUGAUCCGACAUGAGGCUGCGCCUGGCCGCUCCUCUGUGCCUCCUCGGCUUCUUGUGGCUGUCGGAGUGCGCGCCCCCGACCUGCUACUCCAGAGCGCUCGGCCUGAGCGGAGAAGUCAUGGCUCUGCUGGACAAGAUCCACACGCACCAGCGCACGAAAACGUGCGCCGAGGUCCUUCCGACCGUCUUCCUCGAUGUGCAUAACUCGUGCGUCACCACUAAGCUCCGGGACCUUCUCUACGUGGUGCUGAACCAUCCCGACCAGUCCUGCAGAGAGCGUCCCAGGAUGGUGCUGCUGAAGCGCAAAAUCCAGAACCUGUACACCAUCAUCACCAGAAUUUGUUAUCGGGACCUGGUGUUCUUCACAGAUGACUGCGAGGCUAUUGACACCGGCCGCAGCAGCCCUUACUACGCAGAGGACAGGCUCCAGCUUUUGCAAGAGGAGAGAUGAGCAGCACACAUACAUGCAGACAAAAGACACACACUUGUCUAUUACGUUCAUAAGAACACACAUCGGCAAUAUGUAGAAUACACACACACACACACCCCACAGCCUGUGUAUUACAUGCAUCAUAUAUGGUCUUGGCAGGACACACAGUGCUGUUUCAUGCCCUACCCCGUUGGCUCCGCGUUCAGCUGCAGACUCAUGUCAGAGGACAUGUGUGGUUACAUUCCUGCAAGGAAUGCAGAACUUUCCACAGGAAAUUUGCUGAAUGCCAACCAUGCCGAUGAAAACCUUACAAUAAUAAACCAAUAAGAGAUGCUUGUGAGCCGGGGCUUUAACCGCUGCUUACUUACCAGGGCUGAUCAAAGGUCCGCAUGUCAUUAAGAGAAAUAUGUUGUGUUGCCAUAACCCUUGGUCCGACUAACAUGACUUAGAGGAGCUCUAUAUGGCGUUUUGCAAAACUUUUACGAAGUUGAACGUGGCGGCUGAACGUGUAAUGUAAGAAAUCGACGUUGCCUCGGUUGUACAGUGCGUUUGCCCUCAGUUCUCUCCGGCGCACAAAAGUGUUUUCACUUAUAACAGUGCUGCUGCUUCUUGGAGAGAAGCUCAACAAAAAAUUAUAUUUUAUGGCCUCAGGCCCAAUGCAUAUGAAAAACUAACCCUCAUUGUCAUAGACAUAUUAUAAACAUAUGCCUGUUCUUUAUAUAUAUACAUAAUGACAAUCUCUAAGCAGUAUGUCUCAUAUGAUAUGAUAAUAAAACAUAUCUUUAUGUA